ACUGGAGUCCUAUUUUGUUACUUCAGAACUUUUCUUAAGCUUUCACACAGUCAACGCGUCCGAAUGGGCGACAGCACAUUAGAGCUUGCAGUACCGAACCCUUCCACCAGAGGGAGACAUGGCCUCAUACAUUAUAGCAGGUUUUAAUUGCCCUUCGCACCUUCUAAAAAUACAAUGAAACAUGAAAAAAGGACCUGUACUGUUUUCAAAACUAAUUCAUUCAUUUCUAUUGUGCUUAAUUUGUUUAAAAAAAAGAGUAACAAAUAUUUCAGUGGGGUCUUUCAUUGUUUGUUUUUGUGCGGAAGGACAUCCAACAUGAACAUAUUGCAUAGCUGCUCCACUUCCAAAUAUUCCUCCACUGAAAUAAAGCACUUUUAUAGAACACGUGAGUGCUGGUGGAAAACAUGGUAGAACACUGCAGAAGCGUCUGCGUUCUGCAUGAACACGUUUCAAAAAGCGUGAAAGCUCUCCAUUAGUAUCAGCUAUGUUCCACUUGAGGCUGCCAUCGUUGCCCAUCAUCCACAAUCCUUAUGUGAGACAUGAACACACACGUCUUUCUCUUUUCUGUGUGUUCUAAAGAUAUAAAAACAGCUAAAAAGAGGCAGCUAAGAAUGCACGUAAUGGGGCGCACCUAAAAAAAGGGCACUUUUCCUUAAAAGCCAUAAGCGGUGUUUACACUUGCCCGUCAUUUGCCAUGGCAACGCAUGUCAUUUAUUUUAUUUCAUCAUUUAUUUAUUUAUGGCACGCCUAAAAAGUGCGUUCUGUUUACACACAAAUUACACACUUGGCAAGCAAUUUGUGACCGAAAAUGGUGCGCAUUGUCACGAACUGACAUAUUUACACCUUAUCUCGUAGUGUUUAUGUGCCGUGCACGACAAUAACAUGCGUGACGCGCAGUGUUCCCACGUGGGUCUGCAUUGUCACCACCACUUCCCACAUGAUUUGGUCCCGCCGCGUCCUGCGUGACGCCGUAGAACAGCAGGCAUCAGCCCUAUGGCUUCAUGAAUUCCCAUGUUUGCAAGGAACCUACAAGAUGUUCAACUCCAGAGAAGAAGCAAUACAUGUGCAGUGCAAGCGAAAGACGAGGAAUAUACUGGACUCACCUGUUGCAAAGCAAAACUGUUCCAGCAAAGCAGCGGUAAAGUUCACCCACACUGCACGACUCGGCUGCCGAACAGGACGGCUUAGAAAAAAUAAAAAAUGUCGUUUUUCCAGAGUAGCAACACCGGCACUCACUUCGUACCGCCUCCAGGACACAAACGGUAGCGGAUCCUAGUGCGAGGCACACGCACUUCCUUUAUGUCACCGUGUGGACUUUGGUAUGGAAUAAAGCAAACGUGACUUCUGCUCCCUUCCUGGUCUUUCCCACCAGCCUCAGACAAUCAGCUCCUCACUUUGGACGUCAGCUCCUAAACAAGAUGGAAACACUGCAAUGGGAAAAUGAAGGGAAAAAAAGAUUCCCAACUACUGUGCAGCGAGCCAUCGUCGGGUGUACCGGGGAAUGAUACAAACGGGGGGUGUAUUUAGUCAUCUGGGGGCCCAAAGGGGCCCUCCACAUCCCAUUACUGUCUCAUUCUGAGAAUCAGUUUGUACAAAAGGUGACUACAAUCGUCUAUCGUUAAUACUUGUGGUAGUUAGAGCAUAGAAAAGCUGUUUAUGACUUUGUAAAUACAGUUUUUUAACAUUAUUACAGCCCUGUGGACAUAAAAUACCACCCCUAUAGUCACUUUUGCACUCCUAUUAUUCUUUCUUUACGCCACAUUGCUCAAACGUAACGUGCAGGCCACGGGAUCACCGCAGGGACACAAAGAGCCGGCCACGGAUUUAAACAUUAGCAAGCUAGCGAGCUAACAGGUUAGGCUCCAAUUCAUUCACUGCAUUCUAAACAUAAGAAAAGGUUUAACACGGAGUGGGGGGAAGAAAGACAAAGUACGAAGCCAAAAACGUACCACUUCCACACAAAACGGGAGGAGAACUUUUUUUCUUCUUCAAUCUAUCAUGUGGGACAUGCCAUGGCAGUCAGAAUACUACAUGUACCUUCGUCGUCAAAUGCCUUUUGACAUUUUUGACUAAUAAUACACCACAGCCAACCACGAAACAGCAAUCAUUUAUUCAUUAAUUUCUGAAAAACCUGUAUUCUAAAUAUGCCUCACUGUUACGAAAGGCAUUUUAAAUGGAGUUUUACACGUGAAGAAACCACUGCAGGCAGACAGUGUACAGUCCUGGAGUUCCAAAACGUGCAGUUACGCAACGUCAAAGCAUCGGGAGUGAACGCCAAACGAACGGUCCACUUGCCAUCAAUUCAAUGCCCUGAGAAUACAAAGACGCGGAAUAAUGAGAAUGUCUACGACUGUGUGAGUAUGUUGCCUUGUGACUCAUGAAAAUCAACAAACUCCCACAUUUUUGUGAUUUAUCCACAAACAAACACUAUUUGUGUUUUGGAUAAAAUGGAGACGUGUGAAAAUUCAUGCUUUUCACUGUACAGCGAUUAAUUCAACUCUUACAUACUUGUAUGUCUUUUGCUGUCAUAAUAUGAAUGUGAAUCGCGGGUUCGCUGUUUUGCGGGUUUUUUUAGUGCUUCGUUUUUAAUUACAGCGUAUGAAAUGUUACAGGCGAGCCUGGCCCUUUAAAAAUGAUUGCAUUGUGGGAAGUUGAGUAUUCCCUCUGUCAUCUGUCUGGUCCGCCCAUUGUUUUCUCCGUUCCGAUUGGCUGUCGACCUUUGUCAAUCAAUCUCCUUCCUGAUGUGCUGUAGCUAGCUAGCUGGCUUGCUUGCUUGAUAGCUUGUAAUGGAAUCUUCGGUUCAUCUGCAGCAAUAUGUUUUAACAAGGAUACAAAAACGCUACAGGAGUGAAAUAUGCCAGGAAGAAGAGGAGGAGGAGGAGGGAGCGACUGAGUAGUUUUCCCCCGUCACCAAGACAACCGCACUCCCCGCUAUCUCCGCGGCUGUCCUCCUGUUGCCACGGAGACCUGAUCCCGCUCCGACCGCGCUCGCUCGUCUCUGCAAGAUCCUGAAUUGGGAAGGAAGGAAGCGGGGGAUCGGCGCUCUCUUCGGAUGGGGCAGAGGACGCUCGCCGAUCGGAGGACGGGGGGAGCGCUGUGGGAGUAACGCGUCAGCGCGUGUCGCCCGGAAACACCGCUGGCAUGCCUGUACACCAGAUCACUGUGGUCCCGGCCAGAGAGAGCGCCGGCAACGGCAGGAGCGCCCCGCGGCCCAAAGACAGGAAUGAGGGUCAGGCCAAGGCCCCCGGCCGCUCAGGGAGUCGAUCCAGCAACAUCUCCAAGGCUAGCUCCACAGCAAGACAAACAAGCGCCUCAAAGACGUCCAUCACCCCGUCUUCUCAGGACAUUUGCAGUGUUGGUCAGCUGACCUGCGUCGAGGAGAAUGUUGCCGCUGAAUUGCCCAAACGAAGCACCGAAAGCACGCGUCCCGCCGUCUCCAGCCCGAGCCGGGGCCCCUCAGCCCAGGCCCCCAAGAAGCAGGUGAAGCGCCGCCACCGCCGCAAGAGGAACAACUUCACCGCCUUCCACUGUGUGGAGGCCAACGCCGCAUGCGAGCCCGCUGACCGCAGCGAGCGCAGCCUCAGCUCCGACCGCAGCGAGUUGAGCGAGAGGCGGGAGCGGCCCUGGCGGGAUCGCCGGGAGCUGGCACCCCGCCUCCGCUGCUCGGCUGCCGCCCGCUCGGACUCCACCUCCUCGGAGGACGUGCCGCCCCGGUACCUCCGCAGCUGGAGCAAGGAGAAGUCGCGGCGCCGCAGCCGGAGCAAAGGCAGGGAGGAUGUGACGGAGGUCAUGGAGCUGCAGUCGGUGGACUCGGACGAGGGGAAGGAGAACCAUCCCCUGGUGGAGGGCGGCGGCGGCGGUCUGAAGAAGCGGUGCAGCAGCAGCAGCAGGUGCUCCAUGACCAGAGACAGCCGCCGUUCGCUGAAGGACAGCUUGCAGAGUGAAGACAAAGAUGUCCGAGGUCGUAAGUCAAGCAGCUUGGUGGACAGCUCCUCCCCAGUGGAGGACGGCGAGGAGCUCAUCACCAAGAAAUAUCAGGAAAAGGGAUCGGGGGGCGGGGACAUGUCUGUGCCCACGCCUCAGAAGUGGUGCGGCAGGCCUCAGUUGUGCUCUGAUGAUUCUGAGAUGGAGGUGUGCAGGAUCUGCCACUGCGAGGGUGAUGAGGAGUGUCCUCUCAUCAUGCCGUGUCGCUGCACGGGCAGCCUCAGCUUCGUCCACCACGCGUGUCUCUACCAGUGGAUCAAGUCAUCAGAUACGCGCUGCUGUGAACUCUGCAAGUUCGACUUCAUCAUGGAGACCAAACUCAAACCACUGCGCAAGUGGGAGAAGCUGCACAUGUCCAAGAGCGAGAGGAGAAAGAUCUUCUGUUCCGUGUUGUUCCACCUGAUAGCCAUCGUGUGCAUGCUGUGGUCCGUCUACAUUCUGGUCAAGAGAACCACAGAGGAGAUCAAACUCGGGAAGAACGAGGAGUUAUGGAGGGUUUCUCUUCUGAAGUACUAUACUCCAGAGGGCGUGCUGGAGUGGCCGUUCUGGACCAAGCUGAUCGUGGUGGCCAUCGGCUUCACGGGGGGGCUGAUCUUCAUGUACAUCCAGUGCAAAGUCUACCUGCAGCUGUGGCGCCGCCUCAAGGCCUUCAACCGCAUCAUCACCGUGCAGAACUGCCCCGACAAGAACCCCCACGGCCGCCCGCCCACCGCCCCCCGCCUGGCCAACGGCAAGCGCGAGGCGGUGGAGGUUCCCGUCGGCCCGGCCCCGGGGACCCACCUGGACUCUGAUGCCUCCCUGGAGGCGGCGGUGGCGCCCAUGCAGAACCCCGUGUGACACAAACGGAGUUGAAGCUGGACUCACAUCAACUGUGCGUGUGCGUGUGUGUGGCCAGCAGCACCAAUGGGGCUCUUGCGCCACAGAGGCUGGAGAUGAAGAGCGAGGAAGAGCAGGCCUCCAACGGUUCCAGCAAGGCUGGUGAUGACCAUUUUUGGCUGACUUUUUCCACACUUUGACACCAUCUUUGCACUUUUCAAACUGCACUAACACACCUUGAAUGUGUUUUUAAAGCCUCUUUCACACAGCCAGUCUGGCAUUUUGUAUAAACAGUACGGACACCGCAUGGGGGCACUUCUGAGAUAGUAUGGGACCAGAGACGGUGGCAGGAUGAUGCCUGUGUGAAAGGUAAUGCCGUAAAGGCGGGACACUCACUCCUUCCGCCCUGUUGUGGUGAAAGAGAUUGUAGAGAGAGAUUGAUUGAAGCACUGCCGGUAUUUUUUAAAUUGCCAUUUAUACAGUGGUACCUUGGCAUACGAGUAUCCCAAAGUGUUUUUUUAGAUGCGAGCCGUCUUUCGGCUGAGUUGUUUGCAGCUAAAAUUUGGGUUAUGAGCUGCUAGUUACCGGCAUGACUGAAGACGAGGAUGGAUGGAAAUAGCAUUAGCAGCGCGCUAGCUAGUCACCGGGAAAGAUUUUCAACACAUCAGCAAAACAUACGUACAUGAUAGCCAUCUCAUUGAUCUUAUUUAUGAUGUAUUGUGUAAAACAUCAAAUUAAAAGCACUAAAUGAAUACAGAGCCACCAUCCACCAGUACCAGCCUGGACUUUGUUUUUCAGAGAACAAAUAUGCAUGUCAGCACUCAGUUAGCUCAUCACAUCUUACCUUGAUGCAUUCCUACAUAGUAUCAGCACUUGGGAGCAAAUAUGAGUUGAAAGAAAAAGGCUGAAAAUACAGUAUAGUAGUCCAUCUGUGCAGCGUGGGACAAAGUUUGAUGGCGCGUUCAAGGACCGCUCGCAUUAAACAUGCAAAAACUCUGGGAUUUCUUACUGUAUAUUAUUUUUGGAAUAAAACAAUGGCCCAUAUUUCCAAAAUUUAUAUCCCUUUACAUGAAAUUUGAUGUAGUUAUUUACAAAUUCAUUUUUUGCACUUACAGCAUACUUGGGGAUACGAUGUGUUCUUUUACACAUUUGAAAAUACUCUAAGAAUGACACUUGGCAAUUGGCUUCUUUAUUUUGUAAUGGAAGAUUCAUUGAUGGAGCAUCUGGGGCCGUCUGAUAGCGUCUUAGCCUGCCCGAAGAGGCGCUUAAAUCGUCCUUUAAGUUUCUUAUCGAGUUGUUCCAUUUUGUAAAAAAUAUCAGUAAUUUUCUUCACAAAUGAUAGAAGUCCAAAUAAAAGGUUCCUCUGGAAGAAACUAGAAGUUUUCUCUAAGAAACGUCCGCAAGCGAAGUCCCACAAUCUAAGUCCAAUAAGAUUUCAGCAGUGUUGCAAGCCAAAUAAAAUCCAAAGUCCAAAUGAGGCGCUGAAAGGUUCCAGGUGGAAUCCAAAAAGUUUAUUCCAAAUCCGAGUUGUUCCAGCCAGACAACUGAGCUCUUUCCAGCCAGACAUCACCUUUUAUACUCUUUUCGUGGGGAGGCGCUGUCCUUUUCAGCUAUUCUGAUUGGCCAUAACAUUCUAAAGGCCUUAUAGUGCAAAGUGUGGGCUUUUCCGUGAAAUGUGUUCAGAGUACCACAACCGCUUUCGUUCCAGUUAUUUCUCCAGUGCAAUACACGCACACUACAGUGUGACUGAGGCCCGCUUAGUCAGCAUAAAUCUUGUCCUGGAGCGUAACACUCCUUUCCUCACCCGUGCACCCUGGCGGCCUCUAAUGUACAGAAAGGGUACUGACUUAAAUUGUUUUCCAAGGGGUCAUUUAAAGGACCGCACAAAGGGUUAUAAUUCCGUUGUGUCUACUGCAAUGAAAAGUUUUAACAUACACCAUUACAAAAGAUUAUACAGUGCACCCUUUGCAGAACUUUUAUAGCGCUUCUUUUUUUAUUACAGCACGAGCGCUGUUCCCUUUAAGAACAAUUGCAUCGUGUGAAGUUGAGUGUCUCUCUCUCUUCCCUGUUUUGUCUACACCGCCCAUUGUUUUGUGCGUCCUGAUUGGCUGUAGACGAUUGUCAAUCAAUCUCCGUGCCGCCCGCUUCGUCUCCUGUGUCAUUGCUAGCUGGCUAGCUUGUAAAAGAAUCUUGUUUGAAUGAGGACUGCAACAGGAGUGGAAUACGCGUGGUAACUUCAUCAUUUCUUCUGUCCUACCUGAAGGUUGAUCAUUAAGAUCCAAACGAAGGUUUGAAACUUCUUUGAGAGUGUUUAAACGAGAGAAAAGUAUGAUGAGGGUGUUUACAGGCUUAAAACAUAUAUAAUCAUUGUAAAAAAAAUAAAAAAAAGAAGUUGGCUACCUCGGGGAUUUCACUUAUUGAGGGCUAUUUUGGGAACCCACCCCACGAUAAACAAGGGAACUAUAAUGUGAAUAUAACAAAGAAAAACAGGAAAAUACUCUUACCCUAAAAAGGACAGCACAUCAUGUCUACAUCAACAAACGUAAGCAUUGAAUCAUAUCAGAUUGUUGUUCUGAAAAGAUAUGCUGUUUGAAUGGUGUCGUAACCUGUGUGUAUAGAUGCGUAUCCAAUCGUCUACCAGAGAUUUACAUCCCUGCAUCGUAUUGGUAAAAAGGUCUGUCUGCGAUUAACUCUGAUUAAUUCUGACUUAACUAUGGACAAAGUGCCGUUAAUCGUGAUUAAAUAGUUCAAUCAAUUGACAGCCAUAAAAAAGUAUAUAUUUUAUGAUAAAUGUAUAAAAGUGGCGGCUCCACCCGCUUGUAAACGCCUGGUACUCUCUGCAGUUAGGUAACAAACCCCACUAUAUGAGGAAAUGCAAAAGAAAAGGUCAUUUGCUGCUCCAUAAAGAUAACGUAAGGUUUAUUUGUGGUUUCUUCUGGACAAUCCAACACCAAAGAAGAGUCUAGAAGCAUGAUUGUGGCGUUGUGAAAUCUUUUAAAAGGUGAAGGCCAGAUGUAGUCUUUCAUGACGACCACUUUGGUAUCUACUAAGGAUACUUUUCCUGUCUAGGAAGGAAUAUGAAUGCAAUGUAGAAGCUUCCACCUGAAAUAUACGGCACCACUUUUUCUACAUCUGGCGCCAUCUGCUGGUGAAAGGUUUGGAGACACCCCCACCCCCUACCCCAGCUAAUCAAUGUGAAGGUGUCUCCAACCUGUGACUGCUACUGUAUUUGCAAUAAAUGUACACAAAA